UUUGUUGGAAUGGAUGAAAGAAUUGAUCACCCAGCAGCUAAGCCUGAAGAUGACCUAAGUGUAGCCAACAUCUCAGUCCAAAUGGUAUCUGUGGAAGACAAGUUGGUAAAGAGGAUUCUGGCGAGGAAAAAACAUGGCAAGCUGAAGAAAAAAGAAAAGAUGCUGUGGAAUUUUCAAAACCAAAUAAUUCUUUUUACCCUCAUACUAUUUGUUUUAGGAGUUGUAACCUGGACUUUACUGUGGUUGUUCAUUGUUCAGGCAGAAAACAAAGAUGCGUUGUACUUUGUUGGGUUGUUCCGUGUUGCCAACAUAGAGUUUCUCCCUGAAUAUAGGCAGAAGGAGUCAAAAGAAUUUCUCUCUGUGGCACAGAACGUCCAGCGUGUGAUGAACUUGGUUUACACGACCUCCUCUUUCUCCAAAUUUUAUAAGCAGUCCACUGUUACAGAAGUCAGUAACAACAAUAAUGGAGGCCUUCUUAUUCACUUCUGGAUCGUAUUUGUGGUACCGCAGGCGAAAGGCCAAGCACUGUGUGAGGACUGUGUGGCUGCCAUUUUAAAGGAUUCUAUUCAGACCAGCAUCGUUAACCGGACCUCAGUGGGAACUCUUCAGGACCUUGCAGUUGACAUGGACUCCAUUGUACUAAGUGCAGGUCUUCGGUCAGAUUACUGGUCAACAACAGGAACAGGAACAAAUUGUAUGUAUGAUCUGCAUGCUGAUCGUCUACAUGAGCAUUUUCCUCUGGAUAUCCAUGCUACCUCUGGGGGAACAGUGUGCUAUCUGAAACUGAUAGCAUUAGUGGGCCAUCUUAUACGUCUUUCAGUAGUAUCCCUUCAGAUUGAAGCAGAUAACUGCAUCACUGACUCACUAACUAUUUAUGAUUCUUUGAUGCCAAUCAAGCAUAAGAUACUGUAUCGGGCUUGCGAACCAGCUGAUUCCUUGGUAUCACUUGUGUCCACGAAUAAUCUGAUGCUGGUAAUAUUUAAGGCAGCACACGUAAAGGAACAGAAGGGAUUCCACGGCUAUUUUGAGGUCAUUACACAAGAAAGGUGUGGAAAAGCCAUAGUGACAAAAGAGAAAAUUGGCUAUGAAGGGAGAAUCACAAGUCCUUAUUACCCGAGCUAUUACCCUCCAAAAUGUCUUUGUGCGUGGAACUUCCAGACUCCACAGAAGAACCUCGGUAUAGCUCUGAAGUUUCAUAACUAUACCAUCAGUGAGAAGAAUAUUAAAGGCUGUGAACGGGGAUGGUGGAAAAUUAAUGAACACAUGUACUGCGGUUUCUAUGUUGAUCACCAAACAGUCUUCCACAUUGCAAGCUCUGCUGUUAACAUUGAGCUUCAGUGCAGUUCAAAGGUGUCAGAGAAGCCCCUUCUGGUGGAGUACGGCAGCUAUAACAUCAGCCAGCCAUGUCCACCCGGAUAUUUCAAGUGUUCUACUGGUUUAUGCAUCCAGCAGAUGCAGCGCUGUGAUGGGGUAAACAACUGCUUCGACGAAAGUGAUGAACUCUUCUGUGUUGUCCCUGAGUGGAACUGUAACUCCAGCUUUGCGAUACAGGAUAACUUGCUUGUCUGUAACGGGGUAAACGAUUGUGAGAAUGGAGAAGAUGAGCAAAACUGCACCAACAGUAUUCCUUGCACCAACCACACAUUUAGGUGCAGGAAUAACAUAUGCAUUAAGAAACAAAAUGCAAAAUGCGAUGGGACUGUGGAUUGUACUGAUGGAAGUGAUGAAAGCAGUUGCAGUUGCGGCAGCAGCAAGAGUGGCAAUCUCAUCUCUCGCAUUGUGGGUGGUACAAACACUAAGGAGGGUGAAUGGCCCUGGCAGGUCAGCCUCCAUUUUGUGGGAGCUGCGUACUGUGGGGCAUCAGUGAUAUCAAAAGAAUGGCUUAUAUCUGCAGCUCACUGCUUUCAAGGGAGCAAGCUGGCUGACCCCAGAGCAUGGCGUGCUCACUUGGGGAUGCGAAUACAAGGCCGUGCAAAGUUUGUAUCUGCAGUGAGACGGAUCAUUGUGCACGAAUACUACAACAGCAGGAACUAUGACUAUGACAUUGCGUUGCUGCAGCUGAGCAAGCCGUGGCCAGAUACAAUGAGCCAUGUCAUUCAGCCAAUCUGCGUGCCUCCUUUCUCACACAAAGUUCGCAGUGGUGAGAAGUGCUGGAUAACAGGUUGGGGCCAAAAGCAGGAAGUGGAUGAUGAAGGUGCUGCAAUUCUUCAGAAAGCAGAGGUAGAAAUUAUUGACCAAACGUUGUGUCAUUCCACAUAUGGAAUUAUCACAGCCAGAAUGUUUUGUGCAGGAUUAAUGUCUGGAAGAAGAGAUGGGUGCAAAGGUGAUUCUGGUGGGCCAUUGUCAUGUCAAAGCAAUGAAGAUGGAAAAUGGUUUUUGACUGGCAUUGUUAGCUGGGGUUAUGGAUGUGGAAGACCAAAUUUUCCUGGUGUCUACACAAGAGUGUCAAAUCUUGCCCCAUGGAUUUACAAACAUGUGCCUUCAGUCAUAUAACUUGAAAGCUAUUUUGCUGGAAUAAACGUGCUGGAUAUCUUCAUUAGAAAGCAUGUUAGGCUAAAAACUGUUCAGUGUGGGAAUUUCUUUGCAUGUCUCCCUGAUGUCACAAUACUUGAUUCUGGAGUGCGUAUAUGGCAGUAUAUGGCAGUAACAAGCGCCUUUUGUUCAAGCCUCAGGGAAAGGAGAAUCGGAGAAAAAUCGGAGAAAAAAUCUUGAGAUUGCUCUAUAGAGAUAUCUGGGAACACUGGAGAUGUGGAAAUAAGCACCUGGUCCAUUUUGUUGUUUUUACAUGGCACAUGUUAUGUGUAAUCUAUCAGGAAAUUGAAGAUACAGCUGACUAUCUGAUGGCAGCUUAAAUCUGACUCACAUUUUUCCUCUCAGCUGUGCAUACAGUAAUUAAGAGUGGCAUAGCAGUCAGCCACUAGUACUUUUGCUAAUCCUGGUUUUCCUGCCCUUUCCAGUAGAGAGAGAGAGAGAAAAUGAAUUGCAGCAAGUGAGCUUAAUCCUCUCAAGUAGCAGGACACUCAUUUUGGAGAUCAGAAGUUCUGCAGAUAAGCAUGGAACAAAGCAUUAGCAAUAUACCUUUUCCAGCUUCUGUUUUAAUUGUCUGCAUGCUUUGAAACUACUGUUUUAUUUCCUGUCUUAUUUUCCCCCUAGUGAAGAUUUUACAUGUAUCAUCCACCUGAGAAUUUGAUAUUUUUUUUUUUUAUCUUCAGGCUACCUUGACAAGAUGAGUAAAUAUGAUGAUGUUUGUUACUGCAGUGGUCUUGCUCUUGUCCACAUGAAAUUGAUUCUUCUGCUCGCCGAUAGGUGUCUUGAAUCAUCACGUAUUUGGGUUCUCUGAAUGUAUAUAUCGUAAACAAAAUAAUAGAUACUGAUUUCAUUUUUGGAGAUGAUGAAAAAGAGAUUUCAUUUAGUCUGAGCUCUUCUUAGGGGUUUCUUUUCCCUAAAAGAGAGGGCGAAGUGUUGGCCAUUUAGCAGUUUGUGCACACAGUGGAGGUAGACUUGUAGGAAGAGGAGGAUGCUAACAAAGCAGUCUGUCUACAGCUGUAUUUUGCAUUCCUGACCUGUAACGAUUGCUUUCCAGUUAAUCCCUUCUGUAGUCACCAUGUGACCUGUGUUUGACUUCGGUUGUUUCAUUUUUUGUUUUCCGGAGUACAGUUUCCUAGGACCUCUUCUGUGUUGUUGUUUGUAUUUUGCUCCCUCUAUCCAGCUUUGUUCUUGUUCUUGGCUAUAUACACAUGAAGGUAUCGUAUGUAAUGCGUAAUUUCCCCAUGUGAAUCCUCAAUUUUCUUCGUUUCUUUUAUGUGCAGAACUCUCUGAAGUUGUUGGCUUGUUGACUUGAUGUCAUUUUCAAGUCUGAAUAGGAAAUACGUUAAUUGCUUUGCAGUUAUGUUUGUUCUGCUGUGCAGGUUUAAGUCUGUCACACUUAAAACUGGAAAAUUCAGGUGAUCUUUCAAGUUGUUUUCUCUCUUUUAUAAAGAUUUGUGUGGAUCCCAUCAGGUGUUCUUUAGAAAUUACAGUAUUUAUUCUGGGAUUUUUCUCACGUAAAUUGCUUGUGUGUCCUUUCUGUUUUCGAAUAAAGGGAUCUGUAUCUUACUCUAGCAGUUAGGAAAACAAAGAGUUACAGUGAUGGCAACUUUUCCUCCCCACCUUCUUUGAUUGCAGAUCAGCUGGCUCCAGCUUUCAGCAGUAUGGCAAAGGUGAAAUGAGAGAAGCCUGGUAUGCGAGCUGGUGAGCAGUAUGCUAUUACUGGUUUAUGUUUAAGGAAUGAGGUUCAUCUAGGAUUUUUGUUAUUACGUUUCUCAGAAGGCAUUUCUCAAGGCAUCAUGACACAGGCUUUUCCCUCCAGACGGGUUUCUGUGUACAGCAUACCAGCUCCAUACCACCCUGAGCAGGCUGAUGGGCAGGAAAAUCUGUAUAUUCGCUACUGCACAUCCUACCAAAAGGG